UGUAUUCUUCUUCUGCGCCCGCUAUCUUCAUCACCCUUUUUUUGUUUUUUAUUUCAAUCGAAGCGUGAAGUCUGUCUAUUGCAACCUUUUUAGAUUUCGUAAGCUUAAUCGGAUUUUCUCACAGUUAAUCUGAAAACAUGCAACCUAAUGCGUCAUUCAUACUCUGGUAGAAAUGUUUGAUUACGGAGGAAUAAUCUGUCAGAAGAUGGGAAACCGCUACUGGAUAAUUUGCGGUCUGGUGUUUUCUUCCCUUUUUAGAGUAUAUGAAGCCAGUGCUGGUGAUUCCGACCCAUUAUACAGGGCAUGUAUAGAGCAAUGUGAGAAGACUGGUUGUAUUGCAGAAAGAUGCUUCUCACAUUGCAAGUUCUCUCCAGAUGGUUCUUUCCUUGAUGGCCCUUGGUAUAUGCAAGAGCCUCUUUACUUGCGGUGGAAACAAUGGGAUUGCCAGAGUGAUUGCCGUUACCAUUGUAUGGUGGAAAGAGAGAAGGAAAGAGCAGAACUUGAUCUAGGGCCUGUAAAAUAUCAUGGCAAAUGGCCCUUUCGUCACUUUUAUGGCUUCCAGGAGCCUAUUUCUGUAGCCUUUUCAGUUCUGAACCUUCUGAUGCAUUACCAUGGGUGGCGUUCCUUUUUCUCCCUUCUUUACUCUAAGUUUCCAUUGAAACGUGAUAAGAGCCCAUUCUAUGGCUAUAUGGGUCUCUGGAAUAUCUAUGGGCUCUUGUCUGUGAACUCAUGCUUCUGGAGUGCAGUCUUCCACAGUAGAGAUGUGAACUUGACAAAAAAUCUAGAGUGUUCAUCUGGAGUGGCCUUAUUUGGGUAUUCACUUAUUUUGGCAAUUAUAAGAAGCUUCAACUUAAAGGAUGAUGCUGCUAGAGUCAUGGUUGCUGCUCCACUGAUUGCAUUUACAACUACCCACAUUCUGUACCUUAACAACUAUAAGAUUGACUAUGGAUGGAAUAAUAAAGUGUGUACAAUCAUGAUUAUUGCACAACUUCUCACUUGGUCAAUCUGGGCUGGCCUCACUAAGCAUCCUUCUCGAUGGAAGUUGUGGAUUGUGGUUGUGGGAGGUGGCCUUGCAUUGCGCCUAAAGAUACUUGACUUCCCUCCUUAUCAAGGAUUGGUGGACGCACAUGCUCUCUGGCAUGCUUCCUCUGUCCCUCUUACUUACAUUUGGUGGAGUUUUAUCAAGGAUGACGCUAACUACAUAACAUCCAUCAACCUGAAGAAGGUAAAAUAAUGUGCUGUAGUCAAACAAGAACAAGAAUGGUUGCUUAAUCUCUCUUGAGAGCAUAUUGAGCCUUCUCCAAUCCUGGCCCGUCGGAAGUUAAUUCACAUUCUUGGUCACUGGAGUUUGAAGGAGAGGGACAUAGAUGCUAGGCUUUCAUUGUAGUUUGCCCCAUAUCUGAUACUAAAUUGGGCACCAACGGCAAACUACUUCAACCAUUUGUUUGUUUUAGUUCAAGUUUUGAUGUUUGGUAUUAACAAAAACUCCCUUUGGUUAAACUUAUGUAAUUGAUCAUUUAACUGAACUUAUAUAAUUGAUGAUUCAUUGGCUUCCGCUGGGUA